AUGACGCGCGCGCGCGCGGUGCCGUCGUUCCCUCGCCUCGCGCGCGCGCGCGGGGGAGGAUCGAGGCGUUGGCACGAAAACGACGCGCGUGGAGGCGUCUUCGCGCGCGCGAUGACGUCCACGACGACGGCGGUGGCGGUGGAUUCGAACGCGCCGAGCACGUCCGAACGCGGUGGUGAAGCGCCGACGAGAGCGCGAAAGGUUCCCAGCGUCGUUCGCUACGAGGUGAAGACGGGGGAUUCAAUCUACGGCAUCGCGCGCGCGCACGGGACGACGUCCGAGCGACUCGUCCACGCGAACGAGCUCGGUGUGAGACGGUCGAUAGAGAUAGGUCAAGUGCUUCGUGUGCCAGUCGAUAUCGAUAAAGCGUCGUACGCGGUGAAAGCGAAGUUUCACGCGACGAAUGCCGCGUCGCUCGGCACGACGCCGGCGUCGAGUCGAAGCUUACUCGCGCCUCUGUCCAAGCGGAAUCUGCGGUCCUACCACGCGCAGCAUAGCACUGAGAUCGUGACAGCACCCGCACUCGCCGCAGGGAUCGGUGCGGUGAUUACGACUUUCACGUUUCUGUCUGUACGGAAGCGUGUUGCAAAGCGAGUUGUAUCGUUGAAGAGUUCACCGGCGAUGGCACCCGCAGUGGAAGCGGCAAAGAUGACGGAGCAGACGACCAGCCCCACAGCGCAGGAGACGACCAACACCGCCACAGCGCAAGAGACGACCAACACCGCCACAACGCAAGAGACGACCAACACCGCCACAGCGCAAGAGACGACCAACACCGCCACAACGCAAGAGACGAACGAAGCGGUGCCUGUAAUGACAGUGGCGACGAGUACAGAUAUGGAGACGAACGAGGAAAGCACGGAGAUUACUUCUCUUCCUGACAACAAGCGGGCGACUCAGACUAAUGCUGUGCAACGAACAACAGAGAUUGCUUCGAGCGCGAUCACUGAAGAAUCGACCUCACAGGCCGGUGUGCAACAAACGACAUCUGUUAAAGAUGACGUGGAUACCGCGGUGCUCGACAGUUCGCAAAAGGAACCGGCGUUAGCGAAGAAGAGCCGCAAGGGUUUGGCGAGGAAACGCUUAAGUAAGAUGUUAACGAUGGCGUCCGACGCCUUGAUACAAAAAGAAAGCAACCCCGACGGUUCUUCAGAAGAACGUAUCUAUCCGCGUGAAAUCUCCGCACAGAUCGGUAAAGUGUGGUUCGACGUGGAGAACGGGUACAAAAGUGCGCUCGAGAUUGUCUCGGAGAAAAUGAGCUACGAUGAUGAUAGCGUGCAAAGCCGACGCCGCAAGUAG